CGUUUCCGGUACCGGGGAUGGGAGUGUUGACGCCGAUCAUCAGAGAGAGGAUUCUGCAGGAGAGCAGUAUGGAUCUUGGAAAAGCAAAACUUCUGCGAACUGGUAUCAAUGCGUUGCAUCAAGCCCUUCAUCCAAUUCAUGGGAUAGCUUGGACAGAUGGCAAGCAAGUUGCUCUCACUGUUGUUUGUUUGGUCAAUGGUGAGGUAAAGUUCGGAGACAGUAAUGUUAUUGGAUGUUUUGAACACGUUCAUGGUCUGUAUUGGGGUUCUGUCUGCUGCACAGGGGCUCUGGCACUGCUUGCUGUUCAGCAUAAGAAACACAUCACGGUCUGGCAGCUGCAGCACAGUACACUGGAGAACAACAAGCUUUUGGUGUCUCAAACAUGUGAACUCGGAGAAAUUUUUCCAAUACUGCCUCAGGGCUGUGUGUGGCAUCCAAAAAGUGAUGCCCUUGUGGUGCUGACAAAGAGAGAUGCCUCAGUGUUGUUUGCAGUGCAGACUGACAACCGUAGAGUUAAAGCAGAUAUCAAGGGGAGCGGUUUAAUUCAUUGUGCAUGCUGGACUAAAGAUGGCAAUCGUUUAGUGAUUGCUAUAGGCAGUACCCUACAUUCUUACAUUUGGAAUGAUUCUCAGAAGACCCUUAAUCCAUGCAAUUUCUGUCCUAUUUUUGAUGUUGGAGGAUAUAUCUGUGCAAUAGAGGCUAGUAUGGAUAUGCAAGUGGCUGUGGCAACUGAACUGCCCCUUGAUAAAAUCUGUGGUCUGAAUGCUGGUAUGGCCUUUGAUGUCACGGGGGAAAUGGGAUCAUUGAUGUCCCGGUCCUCAGUAAUAACUGUGGAUGAAGAUUGCUCUAUGGAGGUAAGAAGGAGAUCGAUCGAUUCUGAAAGGUCUUUGGCAGCAGAUUCUAUAAUUUCAUCAUCGUCAUCAGCCUGUCCCAUAGAGCUAACCCACCUUCUGGCAAAUCAUCGGAAAUCUGAUCCUAGUCCACUUAUUCACCUAAAACGGAGGGACAGCCUUACUGGAAGUGGUCAUGACUCUUCACACCUGAUUUUGGUAACCUUUGAAAGAAAGGUAACAACAACUAGAAAAGUAAGUGUCCCUGGGAUUCUAGUCCCUGACAUUAUAACUUUUGACUCAUGUGGACACACAAUCGUAGUAGCAUCCAACAGUUGCAACACAAUUUUGGUCUAUUCAGUAACCCCAUCAAGUAUGCCCAAUAUUCAGCAAAUUCACUUGCAGAAAAAUGAGCGGCCAAAGGGCUUGUGUUUUCUGACUGAAAAAAUAUUAUUGCUUUUGAUUGGGAAGCAGAAAUCAAAUGAUCCUGCUUUUCUCCCCUCUUCCAAUUCCGAUCGAUUUUUAAUCAGGCUUAUGACGAAAAAACUGGUGGCCAAUGAUCCUGAAUUAUCAGAAUCUUAUCAAACUGGACAAUCUGCUAUCAACAUCCCUGGAAUGAGAAAGUAUUUUGAAAAUCUGUCCAAAGAAGAGCAAAUUGCAGGAAGGGAGCUUUUACUGCCAGGAAGUACCAUCAUUCAGUCACCCAGUGGUAGAAGGAGACUAAUAGAAGAAGUCAGGAGUGCCAUUGGUGAAGAGAUCCCAGAAAUGAGCAGUCCAGAGAUGUUAGACGGCUCCACACCCUGUGACUCUUCAGUGACUUUAGCAAGCUUUGAUGCAGAACCUAUAAAUCGCUCUGUGACUAUUCUUGGACGAGCUGGCACACCAAACAGAGAUUUGAAUAGUCCAGUCAAUCCCAAGGAAGAUGGAAGGAGACUGUCUCAUGCAUCUAUUUCGUCAAAGAACGGUGAUUUUGCAAAUGAAAAAAUAGAACACAUGUCAAGGAAUAUGGAGCAGUUAUAUGGAAGCUUUUCGGAAAUGAAGCAAUGCAUCUCUCAAAUAUCAGAUUACACAAGAAAUGGGAAGAAGUCAAUGGUGACCUAUCCAUCUGCAUUUGAGCCUCCUUUUAUUUAUAUCUUCUGUCAGAAAAAGCUGCUCGAAAAUACAGUAGUGGAUGAAAAACGAGUCUUUCUUCUUUGUGAAGGCAAGCUUCGACUGAGUAUGAUCCAAGACAUUUUCAAUCUAUGUGUUGUUGAAAUGUUUCACGGUUCCAACUGGAUCGUUCUAAUGGCUGACAAUGAUGGAUUUAUUCCAUUACUAUUCAAACACAAGCAGCAAAUAAUGAUUCGGGAUGGGAAUCAAGUAUCACAAACUGCAGAAUUUCCUCCACCUCCACCGCCACUAAACAACAUUGAUUCAGAGAAACGGUACUCACUGUGAGAAGAGUCUGGAAGAGACAGUAGAAGACCAAAUACCAG